UAAAUAAUUGGGAGGACUUCUGUGUCUACCCUUAAAAAUAGAAGUCAAAAGACUUAAAUCGCAUGUAUGGACGAUAUUCCAAGUAUUGCAUCAGUAACAUUGAAUAUCUUUCACAACGCACCUCCCACUCGCGUUUAGGGUGUGGGGUACGCAUGCAUAGACGGGGAGGAGAAAAGGGGGGAAUUGGGACAUUCUUUGUCUUCACCCCACCAUUUGGAACCCCGACUCGAAGGAGCUGGUCUCGUACUAGCCACUUGAACUGAACGGACUUGUGAAGAGUGACGCUUUGUUGUAUAGUUGAGGGAACUAGGGGAAAGCGCACACAAGUUUUUUGAGCGUUCAGAUUUCAAGGGACUGAGGAAUAAAUCUACAUCUCGAGAUCUGAGAGCUCCUCCAGGACCACAGACGCACCAUGAGUUGGAGCUUCCUGACGCGUCUACUCGAUGAGAUCUCCAACCACUCCACCUUCGUGGGCAAGAUCUGGCUCACGCUGCUGAUCGUGUUCCGCAUCGUGCUCACAGCCGUCGGUGGGGAGUCCAUCUACUACGAUGAACAGAGCAAAUUUGUCUGCAACACCCAGCAGCCUGGGUGUGAGAACGUUUGCUACGACGCCUUCGCCCCUCUCUCGCACAUCCGCUUCUGGGUGUUCCAGGUGAUCAUGAUCACCACGCCCACCAUCAUGUACCUGGGCUUCGCCAUGCACAAGAUCGCCCGCAUGAGCGACGACGAGUACCAGCCGCGAGGCCGGAAGAGGAUGCCGAUGGUGAGCCGCGGAGCGAACCGCGACUACGAGGAGGCGGAGGACAACGGCGAGGAGGACCCCAUGAUCUCCGAGGAGAUCGAGGUGGAGAAGGAGAAGGAGCCCGCCCCCGAGAAGGCCAGCAAGAAGCACGACGGGCGAAGGCGCAUCAAGCGCGACGGCCUGAUGAAGGUGUACGUUUUCCAGCUCCUGUCGCGUGCCACCUUCGAGGCCGCCUUCCUGUUCGGCCAGUACAUCCUGUACGGCCUGGAGGUGUUGCCCUCCUACGUGUGCACUCGCUCGCCCUGCCCUCACACUGUGGACUGCUUCAUCUCCCGGCCCACAGAGAAGACCAUCUUCCUGCUCAUCAUGUACGGCGUGAGCGCCCUCUGUCUGCUGUUCACGAUACUGGAGAUCAUCCACCUGGGCGUCAGUGGCCUGAGGGACUGCUUCUGCGGGCCGCGCUCUCGACCGCCCCCCCCCCGACACCCGGCUCUCUCUAGCCAGAGGCCCUCUCUGUGCCGCAAGGCGCCGUCAGCGCCCCCUGGCUACAGCACGGCGCUGAAGAAAGACCUGCCGGGGAAGCUGGGGUUCCGAGACAACUUGGCCGACUCGGGCCGCGAGUCGUUCGGAGACGAGUCUUCGUCGUCGCGGGACCUGGAGAGGCUUCGGAAGCACCUGAAGCUGGCCCAGCAGCACCUGGACCUGGCCUACCACAACGACGAGAGGACCCCCUCACGCAGCAGCAGCCCAGAGUCCAACGGAACGGCCGUGGAGCAGAACCGCCUGAACUUUGCCCAGGAGAAGCAGGGCAGCACCUGCGAGAAAGGUCUCCGAGCCUAAGUCUAAUCAUUCCCUCUAAGACGUUCACACCAUGGAUGGUACACAGACAGGAGCGUCUCACGGUGUGGGCAGGAUCAGCGCUGAGCCCGGGCCCAGACCAGGGGCCGGCUUCCCCUCCCCCCCACCGCCCCCUCCUGGCUUUACUUGAUCACGUGUUUCUCAAGAUCAUAAAGUGCCCAUAAACUGUUACCUGAAUGAGACCUCGUGCCUGUUCUUCCCUCAGGGCCGCUGGGUUGUUUUAGUUUUACAUUUGUUUUGUCUAGGAAUUAGGAAUUUUAGGUAAUUCUUUAUAUAUAUAUAUUUUUUUUUUUUACUCCCCUGGUCAACGUUAUGGUGGGUAGGCUGCAUCUCAAGGUUUCCUUGCCAUCAGAGUUUACAAUUUAUCUCUUCCAAUAAUGUCAAGUCAGGCAAGUUCAGCACAAAAAUGCAAGACGUACUUUGAGGAGUACAAAAUAUUUUAGUUUUUUUGUGGAAGAUUUGACCUCAGUGAGUCAGUGCUCAUAGCUGUGCACUGGGGGGCUGGAGGCCAAGGCCUCUAGAUUAGAGGCAGCUACAGGAGGGCCUGAGGUACUUGGGUUGUUUGAACUUAAAAUAAUAAAUAGCUGUCUUCUUGAUGAGUUGAACAAAGGGCUAUCAUUUUGUAAAUAGAUUUAUACAUUUUGUAUGUUUUUAUUUUUAGGAUCAUAGCAAAAGACCCCCCCCCCCCGUCUGUUCAGUCUGAACUGGAAUCCUCUGCAAGGUGCCUUUAUCCAAAGGAUUACAAAAUAAACCUGGGUAAUGCUUGAAUACAUGUAAAUUGUGAGCUUGUCUUUAUACUGUUGAACGUUUUGAUACUGCUUUGAUAUUUUCCUUUUGUUUGGUUGAACUGGCUGGCUGACCUUGGCAUUCCUGUUGGAGAUGCAGGCAGCCUUUUGUGAAGUACGAGUGCAAUGGGCACUUUUUUGUGAUGCCUGUGUUUACUAGAUUGAGGACAGUCCAUUUAUAUUUACUUUUUCUACAACUUAACCAGUGGUAUACUCAAUCUUGAUGCCACAAUAUACAAUUAAGCUUAGUUCUUUGGCUUCUUGUGGUCACUGGUUAUAAGUAUCAACAUGUAACCCUUUUGUGAUGUGCUCAGAAAUCAUCUCAAGGCGCCAAAUAUUAUGACAUCCUAAAUGUUUUUUUAGGCUUGUGUUGGUUUUCUAUGCAAUUCUAAAUGGGAUAGAUCCGUAAUGUUGUGCUGCAUAUCGGUUGGUAACCUAAGUCAUUGAUGAUACCAAGCUGUAGCCGCAAUGAAGGUUAUGAACGGUGGAGUGGAGUCAAGAUGCCUUGAAAGUGCACUAAAUUAUAGCAUUAGUGUAUUACAUCAUGUUAGUGCCAUUGAGUAAACUGUCAUCUCAAGUCAUUUUUGAGACUUUCAUACUUUUUUUAUACUUUUGUAUUUGUAUUUUUGUGUUUCCUAAAUAAAUCAAAUUUGAACCAA